AUGGCUUGCUGUGCUCCCUACUGCUGCAGCGUCCCCACCGCCCCCGCCACCACCAUCUGCUCCUCUGACAAAUUCUGUCGGUGCGGAGUCUGCCUGCCCAGCACCUGCCCACACGAGAUCAGCCUCCUCCAGCCCACCUGCUGUGACAACUGCCCUCCACCCUGCUGUGAGCCUGACACCUACGUGCCAACUUGCUGGCUGCUCAGCUCUUCCUACCCAACUCCCGGACUGAGUGGGAUCAACCUGACAACCUUCAUUCAGCCUGGCUGUGGAAGUCCCUGUGAGCCCUGCUGUUAA